CCCGAAAAGCACGCCCACAAGGGGUCCGUUUCCAUCGAAACUGUUCGAUUCUUUUCCCUUCUGCCACCACCUUCGAACCAGCGCAUCCCUGCCGUAUUUUCCUUCCUCCCUCGCGAAGGCUCCAACUUCCCCUGCUCUCUCUGUCCCUCUGCAACUCCCUAUCUCUGUCCUGCUCGGCGUCGUCGACCUCGAUCUCCUCUGCAACAAUCUCCAUGGCAGGCAAAGCUGCAGACACCGGGAGCCACGACGACGCCACCAAGGGCCAGUCCUCCUCGUCCACGGCGGACGUGUACAGCGGCGAGCUCACGCCGCUGCAGCGGCACGUCGCCUUCUUCGACCGCGACAAGGACGGCGUCAUCUACCCAUCCGAGACAUACCAAGGGUUCCGCGCGAUCGGCUGCGGGGUGGCGUUGUCUGCCGCCAGCGCCGUCUUCAUCAACGCCGGACUUGGGCCCAGCACCAAACCGGAGAACCAGAAGACUCCACCUUUUAAGUUUCCCAUUUAUGUGAAGAACAUCCACAAGGGCAAGCACGGAAGCGAUUCAGGCGUGUACGAUGCCAAUGGAAGAUGGGUUCCUGAAAAGUUUGAGGAGAUAUUCAAGAAGCAUGCCCACACCAAGCCUGAUGCCCUCACGGGCAAAGAGCUGCAGGAGAUGCUCCAAGCAAACAGGGAACCCAAAGACUUCAAAGGAUGGCUGGGUGGCUUGACGGAGUGGAAGGUGCUGUAUUCCCUGUGCAAAGAUAAAGAUGGGUUUCUCCACAAGGAUACUGUCAGGGCGGUCUAUGAUGGCAGCUUGUUUGAAAGGUUGGAGCAAGAGAGGAAGGCUAAGAAGGAAUUUACGAAAAAGAAAUGAUAAUAACAUCACAAACACUCUUGUGACGAAUUUGUAAAUUAUGGUGUGCGUGUGGAUCGGUGAGUUAUAAUAACCAUAGUUUCAUUGGUUCUGUAUGUUUAUUUGUGAAUUCAUCUUUUCUGUAAGAAGAGCCUUUCAUGUAAAGAAACUGCAAGUAAUUGUGGGUUAUGUUCAGUGAGAUAAUCCAUAGUUGUAGCCUCUCAUAUUUUUCAAUUCAUGUUUGUUUUGUUUUGAUGUUUUA